GCGGGGCUCCGCGCCGCGUUCUCCCGGUGUGCGGCGGUAACACCCGCGGCGACGCACGGCCCUGCCCGGCGUGUGCCCCGAGAGCGGCGUGGGGCAGCGCUGCUAGCGGCCGUGAGAGGAGAAGCGCGGUUCAGCGGUGAAAUGCAGCUAAUUUCUCUCGAAAUGGGAUUUAAGUCAUAAUCAUAUACUGUCAUCCAACUGGAGCAUCGAUUUGCCUGCUCACACGCUGCAAGAAGUGAAAAUGAAUUACAAUGAGCUAAGUGAAAUUCCUUAUUUUGGAGAAAUGACUUCUAAUAUCACCCUUCUCUCACUGGUGCACAAUACUAUUCCAGAAAUAAAUGCUGAGCAGCUCCAAGUUUACCUUGCGUUGGAAAAUCUAGAUCUGAGUUCCAAUCUUAUCUCGGAAAUUAAAGCUGCUUCUUUCCCACGGAUGCAACUGAAGUACCUGAAUCUGAGUAACAACAGAAUCACUACCCUAGAAGCAGGCUGUCUGGACAACUUGUCUAGCUCUCUCAUAGUGCUGAAACUGAACAGAAAUAGGAUUAGUGUGAUUCCACCAAAGAUCUUCAAACUGCCUCACGUGCAGUUUCUGGAACUGAAAAGGAACCGGAUUAAAGUCGUGGAAAGUCUUACAUUCCAAGGCCUGGAGUCCCUGAAAUCCUUAAAAAUGCAGCGCAAUGGGAUUAGCAGACUCAUGGAUGGAGCAUUCUUUGGCCUCAAUAGUAUAGAAGAAUUAGAACUGGAACAUAAUAACUUGACAGAAGUAAACAAGGGCUGGCUGUAUGGUCUGCGGACAUUGCAACAACUCUUCGUUAGCCAGAAUGCCAUUAACAAGAUCAGCCCAGAUGCGUGGGAGUUCUGCCAAAGACUUGCUGAGCUAGACCUGUCCUACAACCAGCUAACUCGCCUCAGGGAGUCUGCCUUUGUGGGACUUGGUUUGCUGGAGGAACUGAACCUGGGAGACAAUCGCAUUAGUCACAUUGCUGAUGGUGUCUUCAGAGGUCUGACAAAUCUUCGAACCUUGGACUUGGGGAACAAUGAGAUCUCCUGGGCCAUAGAGGAUGCGAACGAAGCAUUCGUGGGACUCAGCAGGCUGGAUAAACUAAUCUUGCAAGGAAAUCAGAUUAAAUCAAUUACGAAGAAGGCGUUCUCUGGUCUUGAAGGACUCGAACAUCUAGAUUUAAGCAACAACGCAGUAAUGUCCAUCCAAGAAAAUGCAUUUGCCCAGGCUCAACUGAAGGAGCUGAUUUUGAACACCAGCAGCUUGCUCUGUGACUGCCAGUUGAGGUGGCUGCCCCAGUGGCUCACUGACAGUCACUUACAGCAGGCUGUGAACGUCAGCUGUGCUCACCCUGAGUGGCUGGCAGGGCAAAGCCUUUUCAGUGUGGACCCCGAUGACUUUGUCUGUGAUAAUUUCCCUAAACCACAGAUCCGAGUGCAUCCUGAGACCACGAUUGCUCUGCGCGGCAUGAACGUGACCCUGACCUGCACUGCUGUGAGCAGCAGUGAUUCACCCAUGUCCACUGCCUGGCGUAAAGACAGCGAGGUGCUCUAUGAUGCAGAGGUUGAGAAUUUUGCCAGGUAUCAGCAGCAAAAUGGCGAGAUUGUUGAGUACACCACUGUCCUGCAUCUUUUCAAUGUGAAUUUCACUGAUGAAGGAAAAUACCAGUGCAUCGUCACCAAUCACUUUGGCUCCAACUAUUCCGACAAAGCCAAGCUGACAGUUAAUGAGCUGCCUUCCUUCCUGAAAACCCCCAUGGAUCUUACUAUCCGCACUGGGGCUAUGGCCCGACUGGAGUGUGCUGCAGAGGGCCACCCCACUCCUCAGAUCUCCUGGCAGAAAGAUGGUGGUACGGAUUUCCCUGCUGCACGAGAGAGGAGAAUGCAUGUCAUGCCCGAGGAUGAUGUGUUCUUCAUUGCAAAUGUAAAAAUAGAAGACAUGGGCAUCUACAGCUGUAUGGCACAGAACACUGCUGGUGGUUUGUCAGCAAACGCUACGCUGACUGUGUUAGAAACUCCUUCCUUUAUCAGGCCCCUGGAAGACAGAACAGUAACCAGAGGUGAAACUGCUGUCCUGCAGUGCAUAGCUGGUGGCAGCCCUGCCCCUCGCCUCAACUGGACUAAAGAUGAUGGACCUUUGACAGUCACAGAGCGGCAUUUCUUUGCUGCAGCCAAUCAGCUCCUCAUCAUCGUGGAUGCUGGGCUCGAGGAUGCUGGAAAGUAUACGUGCAUUAUGUCCAACACGCUGGGCACCGAGCGUGGUCAUAUUUACCUUAAUGUGCUGGCUUCCCCCAACUGCGAUUCUUCCCAGAGUGGCAUUGUCCACGAGGAAGAUGGCUGGACAACAGUGGGUGUUGUGAUUAUUGUCGUGGUUUGCUGCGUUGUGGGAACUUCCCUGGUGUGGGUUAUUGUGAUCUACCACAUGAGAAGGAAGAGUGAAGAUUAUAGCAUCACUAACACAGAGGAGAUGAACCUACCUGCAGACAUUCCCAGCUAUUUAUCCUCCCAAGGAACUCUGUCAGAGCCUCAGGAAGGAUACAGUAACUCAGAGGCAGGAAGCCAUCAGCAGCUCAUGCCUCCAGCCAGUAGCUACGUGCACAAAGGCACAGAUGGUGGCACAGCACCAUUGGUGAUCUGCUCAGACUGUUACGACAAUGCAAACAUCUACUCCAGGACACGAGAGUACUGCCCCUACACCUACAUCACAGAAGAGGACCCCCUGGAUCAAACUCUCCCUAAUCUCAUGGUGCAGAUGCCCAAGGAAACAUACACAGCACGCACCCAGCAUGAAACCAGUGCUCUCGAUAAUCUUUUAGCAGACAGAGACAUGUCUGUCUUCCUUCCCAGCCAUGACAGAAUAAGUGAGAAGAAAAUCUCUUCCCAACAGAUUAAUGAACCCUUCCAGCUUCCUUUAUGGGGAGUAAACAAAGAGCUAGCUCUCUCCCACUCGCACUUUCUGCAUCAGCAGUCAGCUCGUGAGGCCCCGCGACCUCUUCGAACUGAGGGCAUUAUUGACAGUGACCGGGAGCAAGCUGCUUCACCCAGACCUUUCCACAGGUUACGUGAGCAUAACUUUGAUUUUAAUAGGACACGGAACAUUCGUGACUACAGCGAAACCACGUAAGGCACGAAAAUGAAGUCUUGGAAGCUAAUCCCUAUCAGCUGACUUCUUGUAUUUACUACCUCAGGACGAACCUCUAGGCCAAAGAUGCUUUAGGACGCGUUGUCUGCAGUUACAGGCUCCCUAGGAGGAGGUGGCACUGCCCUUUGUGGGUGGAUUCGUGUGUGCUGGAACCCGGGGCAGAGCGCACGGUGAUUAGUGAUUAGCAUUAAAACAUGGAUUUUUCUGAUGCUGGGUGCAGCCUUUGUGUUGGUGCACUCUUUGAAAAUCUCUCAAGAAUGCAUAGCUAUUUCACACCACAUUGUCUGCUUGAAAACAAACGUUCAGGGCCUCCUUGUGGAAUUCCCCAGUAAUUGUAAGCAUAAAACUUGUGCCCAGCUUUUUGUUCCUCGUGCUGUUGGCAGCCGUUUGUUACCAGUCUCACUUCAGGGUUGUUUUCCCCUCUGAAAAACCGAACUCUAGUUGUAAAUAAAGUUGCAUUUAUAAAUAUUUUGUAUACACUAAGCAUAUAAAUGCGUUGGCUGUAAUGUAAAUAUAUUUUUUAUUAUGCCAAAGUAUGUAUUAUAGUGUUGGUCUUGACAGCUGCAUAUCAAGCCAUCAUUUGUUUUGUGGGAUUGAAAGCUUGUUUCUGAAGGGAUGAAGAUGUCUUCACUUUGGCAAGAAGUGAAUUUGCUAUAGGUACGUAACGAAACUGUGAUACUGAUAAAUUUCAUUGUUACAUACAA